UACCAGACGCUUGUCGGCAGCGCAUGGAGGUUACGUGUACUAAAUGUUUCUAAAUUAUGAUGGAAAUGUCGAGUCGACAGCAAUUGUAUCCGACGAUUACUAAUAGUAUUAACGAAGAGGCGGACUCUGAGAGUCGAACAUGUGGAAAGAUCCUAGUGUUCCUGUCGUGGGUGCUCGUCUGCCUCACUAUGCCAUUUUCCCUCUUCAUCUGCUUCAAGGUGGUACAGGAGUACGAGCGGGCUGUAAUCUUUCGGUUGGGACGACUUCUAUCAGGAGGGGCGAAGGGGCCAGGCAUUUUCUUCAUCUUGCCGUGUAUUGACACCUAUGCCCGCGUGGAUCUGAGAACCAGGACAUAUGACAUCCCGCCCCAAGAGGUCCUUACCAAAGACUCAGUUACCGUAUCAGUAGAUGCUGUGGUUUACUACCGGGUCCACAAUGCUACAAUAUCAAUUGCUAAUGUGGAAAACGCUCAUCACUCGACUCGGCUCCUCGCUCAGACAACUCUUCGCAAUACUAUGGGCACACGCCCGCUCCAUGAGAUCUUAAGCGAACGUGAGACCAUCUCCGGGACCAUGCAGCUUUCGCUUGAUGAGGCCACGGAGGCCUGGGGCAUCAAGGUGGAACGCGUCGAAAUCAAAGACGUGCGUCUGCCGGUUCAGCUUCAGCGCGCUAUGGCCGCUGAAGCUGAGGCUGCAAGGGAAGCUAGGGCAAAAGUCAUCGCCGCGGAGGGAGAGCAAAAGGCCUCACGGGCCCUACGGGAGGCCUCUGAGGUCAUCGGAGACAGUCCUGCCGCACUACAACUACGCUAUCUACAGACUCUGAACACCAUUUCCGCAGAGAAAAACUCCACCAUCGUUUUUCCCCUUCCCAUCGAUAUGAUUACAUAUUUCCUGCGGGCUAAAGAAGACGCCCAAAGCAAUCUAUGAAAAUUUGACCUUGGUUUGCUAAACGGUACUCUGAUUUAAAAUAACUUAAUAUUUAAUUAAAAAUCUUUAGAAUAUAUUCCAGGUUCUUAUUAGAAAAUGUAGAAUCGUAGAAAAAUAUUUAAUGUACAGUCUUGGACGAUUUAUUAUUA